UCGGAGGUGAUGCAGGUGUUCGCCGAGCGCUCUCGCAGUGACAACAAACCGAACGGAGAAACAGCAGGCACCUGUCGGAUUCCAUUUCUCGCGUUCCUUAUUUUGUUUUGGCAGUCAUGAGGAGCCCUGCACGUGGUUUCGUCACAAUGGCCUGAUGGUGCGGGCGGAUUGAAGGAUCGAGAAUGACAUGAAAACACCUUUUCUGAUAUGGGGCCACAUCCCGAAGCGCCUGUCGACAUUCAGAAGUAUAUCGGAUCGUGCCUCAUCACACAGCAGCCGAGACACAAGCGCAAGUCUCUUCCGCAUCCGAAGGAUGGCAUGCGAUGCUUAAGAUGCUCCAACUACGUGCCGCCGUGCAACCGCUGCUGCGGUGCGCCCGUCCCGAGACCAGGAUAUACCAGUACCUUGUCCAACUAUGCAUGGACCGGGGUGCCCUUGAUUAGCGUCGCUCGGCACAAGAACCAUAACCAGCAGUCCAAGAACAGGCCCCAGCUUCGAAACGGCGCGAAGGAAUUCGUUCCCCGGGUCGAGUCCCCGAUCGACGGGAAUCUGGAAGAGCUGCUGCCUAUCUCCCGGCUCGCGAUUCAUGCCCAGGGCGCGCCCUUGAUCCUGUCCCCCAAGGACGGCGACCACUCGCCCAAAGAUGGCGACGGGUACCCGGGACACCCCGCGCCUUACAAGGGACAAGAUUUCUUCCUGGGGGAGGGCAACAGCCGCGUCUACAUGCUGAUGGCGCCCGAGAGGCCGCCCUUCCUGGAGGAAGAGUUCCCUCUCCAGGACUCUGACUUCCCCCCCGCGAUGAUGCACGGACCUCCCAGGGCGGUGGCCUCCUCCCCCUCCCAGAGCGACUGCAUCAGCACCACGUCCGAGGACUCGGGGACUUCCGAGAACGGACUGCCCCGGAUUAUCAAGCCACGGAAGCGCCGCAAGAAGGACCGCCGGACCAGCGAGAGCGAGUCCCUCUCGGAGGAGGCGGCCGGACCCAUCGUCACCCUGAAGCCCUACCAGCCGCUGUGCUACCGCUACAAGAGCAACAACAUCAAGAUAGGAUCUCUCAACCAUAAAUCGCUGGAUAUAUUGACUCCCCCCAAGUCCUUAAGGUCCGGGGCGUACCCCUACCCCCCUUCUCCGCGGUGCCAGUGCCCGUACUGCGUGCCCCCUCCGUCCACCCUCCUGACGCCGCCGGACUCCCCGGUAUCGGAGAGCGGACUAGUGGUGUUGCGUCGCGAAGGGGGCCGUGGAUCCCCCCACGGAGAAAUCAAAUUUCCCGCCGUGUACAUUUCUGAGGAUGAGCCGAAUUAUGGCUUCGAGGAGAGCGUGGCAAGGAAUUCGAAUACCCUCAUCUUAGCCUCAACCCAUCCCCCACAAAGGCCGUGGAUAUGUAUGGCUGAACAAGACUCUCCAAAUUCUUGUAUAUUCACAGUCAUGUGCUACAAUAUUCUCUGUGAUAAAUAUGCUACACGCCAGAUGUAUGGGUACUGCCCAAAUUGGGCUUUAGAUUGGUCCUAUAGGAAAAAAUAUAUUUUACAAGAAAUUUUUCACUACAAAGCUGAUAUCAUAUCCUUACAGGAAGUAGAGACAGAACAGUUUUACAAAUACUUUUUGCCAGAACUGCAAAAUGAAGGAUAUGAUGGAAUAUUUUCUCCUAAAUCCCGAGCGAAAACGAUGUCUGAAGGUGAACGCAAACACGUAGAUGGAUGUGCAAUUUUCUACAAAACUAGCAAAUUUCUUCUGGUGAAGGAUCACCUAGUGGAGUUCAACCAACUGGCAAUGGCCAAUGCUGAAGGAUCUGAUGAUAUGCUCAAUAGAGUGAUGACCAAGGAUAACAUAGGUUUAGCUGCCCUGCUUCAAACUAGAGUGGGAGCAUACCAAGGUUCCGAUGCAACUCAAACCAGCCAAACCCUACUAGUAUGUACAGCACACAUCCAUUGGGAUCCCGAGUACUCCGAUGUGAAGUUGAUUCAGACGAUGAUGCUCAUGCACGAGUUGAAGACAUUUGUUGAUGAUAUUCUACAAAAAUGUAAUUUGCCCCCUCAUCAGAAGCAAGACCCCAACAUCAUUCCUUUGCUACUUUGCGGAGAUUUUAACUCACUUCCAAAUUCAGGUGUAAUCGAAUACCUCUCUUUAGGCCGUGUCUCAACCAGUCAUAUUGAUUUUAAAGAAUUUGUGUAUAAAGAUUGUCUGAGUAAAUUGGGAAACUCUUCAAAAAACAAUGAAUUUACCCAUCCAUUUCAAAUAUCAAGAGCUUACAGUGAUGGCAUUAUGCCGUUUACAAAUUAUUCAUACGACUUCAAAGGUGUCAUAGAUUAUGUCUUCUAUUCCAAAUUGCACAUGUCUAUUCUUGGUGUCCUGGGUCCUAUCGAUUCAGCCUGGCUGGAGGAGAACCACAUCCAGGGGUGUCCUCACCCUCACAUACCAUCAGAUCAUUUCCCCAUUGUUGUCGAGCUGCAGCUCAACCCGACCAUCCCACUGCAUCCCGCCACGCCCAACGGAAUCAACCUCCACAGGUAGCAGCAGGAUUCCCUUCAUACUUCUACUCCGUUACACUGCACAACUCGUUCUCCAUCUGUCAAGACUUUGAUUCCGCUCCGAGGUUUUUUUGAUCUCAAACUUUGGAAAAAAAAAAAACUCUGACUGCUGACUGUUUUGGAUCCAUUAGCUCUUCUUUGUGUACAUGAUGUAAUUAACAGUGAAAAUUUUUCAUGCGAAAAGAAAAGAUGGGUGUGAUAUUUUUUCAUCACUAGUAGCAUGCAUUAGUAAAUAUUUUAGGUAUCCAGUAUGUACAGUGAAUUUUAAAGAUACGACUUUUAAAGUCGAAGUUGGGAAAGAGAAAGUAAUUUUUUUUUUUAAAACACCAUUUUUGUAAACAAUUAAAAAAGGAAGCUAUAAGUGCUAGCAACAUCCUUUGUUUGAAAUCUAUAUUGUACAUAACUUUAAUUAUUAUCUGUCCGAAUAUGAAUAGCAAGAAACGGUUAAUAAUCAUACUAUAUUGCAUUAAAUUAAAGCCAAAAUAUGAAUUUCUUAAUUCCAAAAAGAUCAACUUUAUUUUUACUCAUGUGGAACAAAUGUAUUUGGUAUUCUUGAUUUUUUGACUAAAGUAGUCUCAUUGAUUAAAAAUAUCUUUUAAAAAAAUAAUGAAAAAUGAGUUGAGAUUUAGAAAAGAGUUAUAUGCUUUGUGUUUACACAUAUGAAAUGCAUUUAUUGUUUAGCUGUGAUAUAUAUAUAUAUAUACAUUUACUACAUUUUGUGAAUUUAUCUUUAUGACGUAGUGAUUUUUAGCAAAAGAUAUGCAUAUCAUACUUUUGUUUCAUAUUUUUUUCAGUUCUGUCUUCUUUUUUUGCAAAUUUUAAUCAUAAAUUUCUAAUUUUAAAUCUUUUCUUUUUGCUUCCUAAUUUUGAUUUGUAUAUCUUUUGCUAUAUUUUAAUCGUGUUUUUAUGUAAUGGCAUCAUAACUUGUUGUAAAUUUUGAUGUUUUUAAACAAAAAAUUUUAAAUGAAUUUUGUAAAAAAAGAAAUGUUAAUUUUGAAAAAUAAAUUAUUGAAUCAUAACCAUGUUUUUUCUUAAAUUGGUUCAGUAUUUUCAUACAAAUCGUACACAGAAAGGAGCUGUUGAAAAAAAAAAGAAUCGGAUCUCUGUUUCAACUUCAACUUUUAUUUUACUUUUUAGAAUAUCAGUGUUGCACCUUAGGCUUAAAUGUUGAUUCAUAUGUUGUGGUUUCUAGCACUUACUCAUUGGUGUUAAAAAUUGGGAUUUCUAACUAAAUUCUUACGUCCCAAUUACUUUUGGAUGUAUUUUAGACAAGCCUUUCUGAGACUAUUGUAGGGCUACUGUAAUGGGUUUUUGUUUUAUAUGCUGCAGUAUUGUUUUUAUUGUAGUUCCUACUUAAAAGGUGUUUUUUAUGAUUAGGUAGCUGUGUAUAUUUUCCGAAAUCUGGGAAUGUGUUGGACCUAAUCUAUUUUGUGGAAGGUGUUUAUGGGGAAUGUCAUAGAUACAUGUGAAAACAUGCUGUGUAUUGGCUCUUUAUAGUCGUAUAAUUUUCAAGGACUUAGGAUUAUCACCGGUGAUUUUGUUGUUCUUCGUUCUGUAAAGCUGCAUUUAAAUCUGAGGCAUUUUGUUUUCUUUUAAUGUGUUUGUUAAUAUUUUUUGUACUGAUGUAGGAUUUUAUAAAUGAUUUGAAAAUUUAGUGGAAUUGUAUGAUUCUACAUAUUUGAAAUGUAAAGCUAAAAUUUUAAAAGGUAAAAAAUAGGCAGAAAAACUUCAUUUAGUUAUGAAUGCUUUAAAAUCCAGCUAUUUCCAAUAAAGACGUAUUUUCCAGCAAUUAUGUUUUAGAAAUAAUUUUGCAAAAAUGAUUUGUGUUUACAAAAUUUUCCUUGCAUAUAUUAAGUUCAACUUUUAUAUUAAUUAAAACUCGCAUCUGUUAUUUCUCACUUUUAAACAUGUAAAUUUUUUACGUACGACUUUAAAUUACCGGUUGUGAUUUAUGCAUGUAUAACUAAAUGUGCAGACUAUUUUACUAUUUAUAUUAUCAACCAUCACAUAUCAUUAAGAUUUCUCAAAUUUAAUGAAAUAUUUUCAAGCUUUACUGUCUGACCAUCGAUUACAUGGAAAGACUAAUAUUUGGUUUAUAGGCGGAAAUGGACAUAUCUAUUAAUUUAUAGGGAUGUUAGUUUGUUUGUUUCAUAUGCGCACUUUUGCCUCUCUAUUAUUUAGCCUUAGUUUUGUAAAAAUGAAAAUGUACUUACUGUAACAUUUUUUAAAUCUAAAGUAUAUUCAAUCUAUAUUCUCACGGCAAAAAGUAAUUGAUUUAUUUAGUCACAACCAAGUAUGAGCUUACCAUUUUGCUUUUACGUUCCUAAACGAAAUGGAAAUAUUUUAUUUUCUUUUUGUUCUUUCCUUGGUAACUAUUUUUGUUUCCCCUUAUUUUAUUUUUGAGAAUGAAAUAAAUGAAUAAGGUACUUGUGACAUUAUAAAGCGCGUGCAGCAAAAUCCCACCGUUAUUUUCCCUUCUCCCCUGCUAGAUUCAUUCAGAUGGAAUAGUCUUUACUUGGCAGAUUGCCAAAUUACAUACAAUCCAUUGUCAAACAGUAACUUGCACUAUUACUUUAGAUUUCAAAAACUCACACGUAAAACUAACUCCGCAAAUAUUUUGUAUAUGCAUCAGUGUUGGGAAUACAUUAGUUAAAAGAAGUAUUACAGGAAUCAGACUUUCUCCAAUACUGUAUUUUGAAAUGUUCAACUAUUGCCCCCAGUAGGCGAUACAAGCUAUUUAUUGCAUGGAUUAUGCAUCAUUAUUUGUGAUACAAAUGGCUAUGUAGAGUUUUAAGGCAAUUUUUAGAGUAAUAGUUUUAAAAAAGCAGAGCUUACAUCACUUUUUGACUAUUCUUCGUUUUUAGCACAAACUGCAAAAUGUCUCUCAUUUUGUGCUAAAAUAAUGCCAGUUAGCUCAUUGUUUCCACAUAAACUAGGCAUUUUAUUUCUAAUCCUUAUUUAUUGUCUAUUAAGUCUCAUACAACCCCUAGUUGUAUUUAAAAUAUUUUCAAAAACAAAUAUUUACUAUAUAAAAAUUGCUAAUGUAGAUUAAGUAUGCUGAUUUAGGAUGAUGGAGGAAAAAAGAUAGAAAUUACUUAAAUCGGUAAUGCAUUCAACCUUGAAACUAAAACUUUUUAUUUUGAUUCUAUGAUUUUAUAUAAUGCCAGUUAGCUCAUUGUUUCCACACAAACUAGGCAUUUUAUUUCUAAUCCUUAUUUAUUGUCUAUUAAGUCUCAUACAACCCCUAGUUGUAUUUAAAAUAUUUUCAAAAACAAAUAUUUACUAUAUAAAAAUUACUAAUUUAGAUUAAGUAUACUGAUUUAGGAUGAUGGAGAAAAAAAAUUAGAAAUUACUUAAAUCGGUAAUGCAUUCAACCUUGAAGCUAAAACUUUUAAUUUUGAUUCUGUGAUUUUAUAUAAUAUGUUUAUUUAUAAAAUGUUUUUGUAUUACAGAACUGUAGCUUCUGUAUUAUGAUUUUUAUCAGAUAUUAGCAGUAGAACUUGACAAAAGGAAAGAUAAAUUUGUCUUAGAAAUAUGAUCUUAACUAUAGAUUAUUGACGUGACAAAAGUCAUGAUUAUGAAGUUUUAAACUUUUCAAAUGUUGGAUUUCAACUGAAGAAGUUAUUAAGUUGUAUUUUAAAUGUGAAUAAAAGUUUUUUGAUGAAAUUGUAUUAGUAACUAAGUUUUACAAAAAAUAUGUUUGUGAAAGUCAUUUUUUGAACAAAAGAAGCAAUUAUUUGCAUAAAUAUUAGCAGCAUUUAAAAAAAUCGAUUUAAAUCUUGAUGCCUUGUUUUAAAUGUAGCUUUUAAAGAUAAUCUUUUACCGGUUAUUAAAAAUAUAAAGUAUUUUAAAUGUUUUAUUUUCAAUGAUUUAUGUGUUUCAUCAUGUUAAAAUUGGUUUUCUUACCUGUGAAUUAAAAAAUUGUUGUGUAUUAGUCUUAUUUUUUUAAUUAUUUUGCCCCAUGAAAUCAGAAUACAUUUGUGUAUACAAAUUAACACACAUUUUAUUUUUCCAAUCAUUCGAUUUUAACAUUUCGCAUAAUCUGUAUAGAAACUGUCUGUACAUUUUAAAAGUAGUACAUGUGUAUUACAUUCUGAUAAUGUGGUCAAAAAUAAAUUUUUUCGUCUAUA